UGAAAGAGAAGUUGCUGCUGAAAAAAGACAGCAGAGACGGGAGAGGGAAGGAGAAGCUCGAGGAUAGGAGAGUUUUCUGAGGAAAAGGCUGAGGGUGCGACUGGGGAAAGAGUGUGCAUCCUGACAGCAGUGGACUCAGAGACUAGAAGAGAAGAACUUACUAGAGAAGACUUCCAGUGAACAAACUGCAGAGAGGCCCUUUAUUUCCCCCACACUCGCUCACGGCCCCCGCUGCUACCUGCCAUGCCCACGCUGCCUGAGGAGGAGGAAGACUCCCCUGAGGAGAUGGACAGCUCCUCCAGUUCUCCCAGUACAUCUGGACAAUAUGAAAGUCGAGCUGUUGUCUUGACUGCCCCCACAAUCAUCUAUCCACAGCAGGCAACUAUUAUCCAACAAGAUGGACAUUCAGUAGAGCAGACCAGGCCACACAGUCCCAGAGCUCGCCUGGCCAGAAACUCCUGUGGAGGACCCAUCACCACAGUGGACACCACAGGCAAUGUAAUCGAUCUAGUGAAGGAUCAGCUUCCAGAAUUGCAGCUCUCUGAAGAGGAUCGACAGAAGAAUCUGGACCUGCUGGAACAAGCCAAGAAGGUCAGCGAUCGCUUCCUGACACGCCGUGGACGUAGGUCCACCAGCAGCCUUAAUGAAUCACCCACAGGUCUUUCUCCAACUCUCACUCCGUCAUCCUCACCAUGUUCAUCCAGAAGCAGCUCUCUGACUGUGGCCCCUCCGAGUCCUGUGGAGUCAGACUACAUCAGUUCACAGUCUGCUGGUCACACAAAGGAGCACCUGGAACUUCCAUCGGGGAGGGAGCAGUCUGUUGAAAUGACCCAAGAUCAGGAGGGCAACAAACUAUUGGUGGAUUGGAAGCCCAGUGAGAAAAGGAAAGUGUCCUCUGGAAUUUUAACACCCCGUUUUGCAGUUCAAAAGGAGAACUGUGAUCCUUGUGUGCCUAAUAAGAGUCCUGCUCCUCUAGUAACCAAUAAAACAGAUGAAGGAGCAGGUCUAGGUCGAAAUACCAACCAGACCCCGGCCACAGGGGUGGCCAAGCCUGUUCCCCGCCCUCCGACUCAACAGGCCCCCUGUACAGCUGAGAUCAAGACCAUUGGGGCCUUCCCUCCGCUUAUGAGAGCUGUUUCCUGGGACGCUGUAGGUAGCCAUAACUCUCGAAAUGGCAGCACUAGUUUCCCUCCUACAGCUGAUGACGUCUCCUCAGACAAGCUCAGGGAUGGUGUCUUCAAGUCUUCAUUCUAUAAGGACCUUUCAGGACAGCCAAGCAGUGCGCAGAAACUUUCUAAGCUGAGAGAGGAGCACAAGCUGAUACGGAAUCAGAGCAUAGUGGGAUCCAAGCUACCGGACUUGAGUGAAACUGCUGAACAGGACAAAGGUGCUGCAUCGUUUUCAGCACCAGCUGAUGGUGAGGAGUGUAAGGAAAAGUCUGAUGCCAUGCCAAACAUUUCAGAUGUGAUGCUUAGAAAACUCAAACUUCACCGGGGUCUACCAGGCUGUGCGCUACCUCUUACGGAAAAAGAAGUUGAGAACGCAUUUGUCCAGCUGUCACUGGCAUUUCGAAAUGACAACUACACUCUGGAGACCCGUCUCAAACAAGCAGAGAGGGAACGGAACCUCACCGAGGAGGACACUGAAAAAGAGCUGGAAGAGUUCAAAGGUGCACUGAAGAAGACGGCACCUCAGUGGCAGAACUUGGAGCAGCGUGAGGCCUACCAGCGCCUCAUAGAGACGGUAGCAGUGCUCCACCGACUGGCCACAAGGCUGUCCAGCAGAGCUGAAAUAGUCGGAGCAGUUCGACAGGAGAAGCGUAUGAACAAGGCCACUGAGGUCAUGAUGCAAUAUGUGGAAAACCUGAAGCGGACCUAUGAGAAGGAUCACGCUGAGUUGAUGGAGUUUAAGAAACUGGCCAACCAGAAUUCAAACCGCUGUUAUGGCACUUCUGUAGACACUGGAGAUGAUGGAGUUCCACGGCCGUCAAGAUCGAUGUCACUGACCCUCGGAAAGGCUCUGCCAAGGCGCAGAGUGAGUGUCGCGGUGGUGCCUAAGUUUAACCUUCUCAACAUCCCAGGUCAGACCCCAGCCACGGCUGGACCAGGCCCCAACACAGGCCCGGGCCCCCACGUGGGACCACCCAGCAGUGCUGCUCUUCCUGUUCUAUGUGAAGCAAGUGAUGGGAAAGGCAACACUUCAGGAGAGAUACCACCACCAGCAACAGAAUGUGGAAAGAACAUGUCUGAGCAGGAAAGCGAAACAUCUGCACCAGCCAAGACUUCAGCCAAAUUAGAGGAGAUCAGAGCUGAGAUCAGAGCCGAGAUCAAGGCAAAGAUCGAGGAGGAGGCAUACAAUAAAGGCCUCCAAGAUGGACUAAAGCAGUGCAAAGCAAUCCAGGAAGAGAAGAAUGAAGAGGGGGCUAAUGCAGACAUAUCUGUGGAAUCCAAAAAUAUGGACGAAGAGAGUGGAAAGAAGAGGAUUAGCAGGAGGUUGGAGAAGGUCCUGGCUCUCCUUAACCAGAAUUGUCCUGAGAUUUCCUGGAGCAGUCGACUUCUCAGGAUCACUUUGACCUUGUUGCUGGUGAUUUUUGUUCUUGUUAGCAUUUAUACAUACUUCAGUGACUACAGCAGCCAUGAGGACACGUAGGCAGAAAAAUGCUUUGUCCAAAGAAAGGAGAAGAUAUUUGAACAACCAAA